AUGGGUUUUCUUUGGAAGUUGUCAAAGUGAGUAUCGAAACACGCUUUUUUUCCAGUUAGAUGCUCGUUUUAAAUUUUUAUUCAUAGGUUUGCUAUUAAAGUUGGCUUGGUCGCCGGCGCAGUCAAAAUAUCGAUUGACAACGAUAUUUGGUCACUGAACAAUGUUAAGGUUGGUAAUUUGUUUAUUUUAUGAAAAAUUUAUUUGUUUUUCUUCAGGGAUCCGAUUUGUACCAAAAAAAUUGAAAAAGUACAUCCUCCCUGGCACGAUCGUUUUUCCUGAACAGGUACGGAAAUAUUCCUUUGAAUAUUUGAAAUUUCUAGAGCUAAAGUAUUGAAAUUAUACCUUUUUUUUCGCCCAAUCCUUUUUUUACUCUUUUUACUCAAUUGUUCUUUGUCUUAGAUAGAGUUCAAAGUUUGACUUUGCAGAUAAGAUGAAAUGAAGUAAUUGUAUUAAAUAUAUUUUUUUCCAGCUCCCAUCUCCCAGAGAAGUUCAAUUGGAAGUCGGCAGCCGAUGGAACAAUGGAGUUGACAAGGUUUGAUUUAUAAAAUAAUGUCAAAAAGAGCAGGAAUUCGUUGAUGUUUUCCAUGUGUAGAAUUUUUAUGUGAAAGAGAGUGAAUUAAAUGCUUUUUAAAAUAAAUUUUCAACGGAAUUAGAGUGUUUUAAUUAUUCUACUUAUUUUUCUUGAUAACUAGAUCGUAUUUUUCGGAAAAAAAAAUGUGAAUUUUUAAGUUUUCGUUAAAUCGCAAACCGCUACUCCCUGACAUCAUUUCAUGACAUCAUUCGUAACACAAGAAAUAAGCGUAAUCGAAAUAUUUGGCUAUAUAUUCAUUUUAUUUACGUGAACAUGAUUCAGCAGAUUAUUAUUAUCUCAUUUCAUCACGUCGACUGGUCGGUCUCAUUGCCGCUCUCGCAUGGGAUAAUAUUCCGACGCCCGUCAGCCCUGGACAAGCUGGGCUCCGUACUGUUCCAUUAUGGUGAAGCAGUUCAUUCGCUGGUACUACCCGCGGUCCCACAUUGUUUCCCAACGCUAGCUGUCACUCCGGGACGUAUUGGACAACGAUUGUGGACCGUAACCCGCGCCGACGACUAACUCUUCGAUUAUACCAUGAUUCAGCAGAGAUUUUCUUCAUCUUACUCUGAAGACUGAAUAAAUUGAAUUGAAAUUGAAAUUGAAAAUUGAAGAAUGGGAAGAGCCUGAAUUGCGCCUUUGCAUUAAAACUGCGCCUACGGGUUCAUGCAUUACUUAAGAAAACAGGCUUAGUUUUAAGGCUUCACACGGAGGCGGAGCGCGCAUAGCGCGAAGCCGACUGUGGCUCGCUUCGAAAAAACUCAGCCACAGUGAAAAAUUCGUCAAAUAAAUGAAUACUUGACAUAAAAGGCAUUUAGUUUCAAAACGUGCACACUAAAAACACUAUCAGGUAGCUCUAAACGAUUUGCAAACUUGAUACGCGUGGCGAAAAAAAUCUUUGAAAUGUAUUUCCCAAAAAAGAAAAAUAUCAAAGGAGCAUACUGUGCGUAAGCGUGGGCCUCGACGCCUAGGAUUAUUCCAAACCUUUAAAAAGGUUUCUUUAAAAAAAGUGAGAAAAAAAAGUUUCCAAUCAAAAGGGGAUUUUUUUAAGUGUGAUAACUUUCUGUUUCUCAUGUGACCGGAAAAAGUUUUUCACGUCGAAUCUAAUUUUUAUAAAUUGGAACGUAAAAAAAUGAAUAAAAUGAUAUGGCUGCGUGUGCGAGUUUUGCAAAUGAAGAUGAUGUCAUAGGGAUGACGUCAGGGAGUAGCGGUUUGCGAUUUAACGCGAAGUGAAUUUUUUUAUAGUUCUUUAAAGAAUUCAAGAAUGUUUUUUUAUAAUUUUUUGAAUGAAUGAAUGUUUUUUUAACAUUUAACAUCUUUUGCGCUUAAUUUAGCUUCAAUAUUUUCUUAGCUGGCUAUAGCACUUAGAAAUUUAAAUUGGUUCUACUGCUUUUUUGAGUUUUGUCUCAAAAAAAUUCAUAUACUUGAAUACUUAUUUCAUGAGACUUUCAAAUCUCUUUCCUCUGUUAGAGGUUGUGGUUUGAAUAUUUAUUUCUCUGAAAAGUCUUUUUUCCAAUUGAAAAUCUUUUUCUUGUAAUUGUCUUCGUCCCUUCUUUCACAAUUUAUGAUUAUGAUUCCCUUGCUUAAAUGUGCAAAAAUUUUAGCGUUGAUAUCUUUGAAAGUGCAUUGAUACGAGCAUUUUUAUCACAACAUGAAGAACGAACUUUGAUUUUCCCAGCUUUUUAGGUCUUCACAACGAUCGAAAACGUGCCAUCAAGCAUCAACACGGUCGCCAACCGAAUGAUUAACAAUAAAUAG